AACAGACAGAAAACAACCAAAAAGAGACACAAAAUGACGAUAAAGAGACAAAAAGAGACACAAAAUAACAAUAGAGACACAAAGCAACCACAAAAAGAGACAAAGCUACCACAGACAGAUGCAAACACACAAAAUGACAAAAAACAGACACAAAAAAGAGAAAGAAAGAAAGAAAAAGAAAACACCAGCCAUCCAAUAAGGAAGCAAACUGAACCUAAAUAGAAGCUGACGGACUAGAAAGAGAUGCUAACCGGUCACAAACAGACAGAAAAUGAACAAAAAGAGACACAAAAUGACAGCAAAGAGACACAAAAUGAUAAAGAGACAAAAACAACCACAAAGAGACGCAAAACGGCCACAAAGUGAAACAAAACAACCACAGAGACACAAAAUGACCAUGAAGAGACUGUAGAUACUGGAGGAGGAAGGACGUCUUCGUCUUCAUUUGACACCUUUCUGUCCUCUUGUUGCUCACUUGUCUGAUAACUCUGAUGUUCAGUAACAACGAGGACGUUAAUAAUAACAUCAGAAUCCUGCUGGUGUCGACACCUGACAGAAAAUAAAAGAUUCCAGACCAGAGCUGCUGUCAUUCCUCAUCUCCCAGCUGAUGGAUGUGACCGGGAGGCUACAGCAGCAGGAUGCUAACCUGAUGUCUCUUCUUCAUCCAGCAUCAAUUCAUGGAGAUUCAAGGUUGACUUUCUGCUCAUAUCUGCUUUCUCUAGUAUUUUUAUGAUUAAUAUUACAGCUCAACAUUCUCACAGCAGAGGAGCCUUUAAAUGUUUAAUGGUGAUAUUCUGACCUCUAAUGGCUGAAACUGUAAAAGACUUUCUAGGGGUAAAAUGGGGACACAGAAGGAAGCCGCUCUAAUAGAAUAAAGGCUGAGUGCAUUAUGUGUCCUUAAUGCAAGUUUUAGAUUAGAAAAUAGAUAAAUAAAAAUACAAUAAACGUGCCAGAGAAGACUUUCAGAAAAGUCUGACACUGCAUCAAUAGCAUUGGUCUGGAUCUCCUCACAGUGCUCCGAUUGGCCUGACUAUAAUGAGACACAAAAUGACAAAAGAGACAAAAACAGACACAAAAUGACCAUAAAGACACAAAAGAGACACAAAAUGAAAGCAAAGAGACACAAAAUGAGGACAAAGAGACACAAAAUGACUAUAAAGAGACAAAAAGAGACACAAAAUGACCAUAAAGACACAAAAAGAGACACAAAAUGACAACAAAGAGACAAAAAGAGACACAAAAUGAUGACAAAGAGAACCAAAACCAAUUCAGAUAAGACACAAAGACAAUAAAUGCGCCAAACAAAUGAAAAGACUUCCAGAAUAGUCGACAAAAGUAAAAGCAAAACACGGGGAAAAAACAAUCGAUGACUGAACAGUUUGAUUCUGACUGCAUCGAUUGCUUUGUUCCGGAUCUCCUCACAGCGCUCUGAUUGGUCGACGUUCCCAGUGCAGCGCUCUGAUUGGUCCACAUGUUGUGGCGCCAAAGCAGUAAAACCAGGAAGCGCUAUAAACAGCGGGGAAGGUUUAAUAUCAGGACGUUUCUCUGUUUUUUUUCUUUUAUUUACUAUUUUUGUCGUGUUUGCGCACAAAUGGACUCCCAAUCGUACCUUCCCGUCCAGCCCGGGGUGGGCAUGGAGGAGAAUUUCCUGUCUCUGGACGACAUUUUGCUGUCUCAUGAGCGGCUUCCAGUCCGGACCGAGUGCAGCUUCCCUCGGCUCGGAUACCUGGAGAAGUCGAGCGACUCGCCGGACAUCCCGGAGACCUUCGUGGGUCGGUUCCGGCGGACCAUGGACUCGUCCCAGAACGCCUACAACGAGGACACGUCAGCGCUGGUGGAGCGUCUGGACUGGCUGGAGAAGACUCUGUUCAGGUCGGGUCAGAGCGGCCUGAACGGCUUCCAGAGCUGGGAGAAAGGUCUGGCCUCCACACUCACCGCCUCCAACCUGGUCCUCAACUACCGCAAGAGGAAGAUCACCGACGUCCAGCCCUGAGCCGGCCACUGAGUACCGGACCAGCGACGGGACGGACUGAAGACAUCUCCACGUUUAUCCUGACUCCUCUGUGAGACGUUCAAUCGACACUCUGAUGCUGUAGCCCGGAAGGUUUUACCAGCAAACACACAGCUGCAGAUGGAAAUGUGGGGAAAGAAAUCAAACAAACCGUCCCAUAAUGUGUGUGAGUUGGUCACAUCUAGAAAGCUGCUGCUGGAACUGAAGAUUUGAACCAGAGAAACCACAGAUCAGGCUGGAUGUGACGUAAAGAUGAACUGGACGCUGCUGAACACCAAAUGUUUCUGUUUAUCAGAAGGAAUAAACUCAUUUCAUGUUAAAAUACUCCCAUUAACUGUUUUCUGUUUAUUCUCCAAACAUCUCCAGAUGUUCAUCAGGUUAUUAUAUGAGACAGACAGAGAAACAGUUUGUCUCAUUUAAGAAGCUGGAAUAAUCACAUCUGUGACAGUUCACUGGUUUAGUUCAUAUCUCGGCUGAUUAGUUCAUAAAACAGGCGUUCUGCUGUCUGACAUUAAAAAGGUCUAAAUGUGAAUAAAACACCUGAACCACAA